CUCGUCCUGCCUCCAUCCUCAGUACAGAGCUCCCCUCUUUGCAGUCUCACGACGAAGGUGAAAGGUUGUGAAGAUGGCGGCGGCCUUUAUGGAGGAAGAGCUGGAUAAUGAUGAUUAUUACUCGCUAUUAAACGUCAGGAGGGAGGCUACACAAGAAGAACUGAAAUCAUCCUACCGUCGGCUUUGCAUGUUAUACCACCCUGACAAGCACAGGGACCCAGAGCUUAAAAAGCAAGCGGAGCAACUCUUUAACCUUGUGCACCAGGCUUAUGAAGUGCUUAGUGAUCCACAAUCAAGAGCCAUCUAUGAUAUUUAUGGGAAGAAAGGACUGGAUAUGGAAGGCUGGGAGGUUGUGGAAAGGAAACGAACAGCAGCUGAGAUCAGGGAGGAAUUUGAGAGAUUACAAAGGGAAAGAGAAGAACGAAGGCUUCAGCAAAGAACCAAUCCAAAGGGGACAAUUAGUGUUGGUAUAGAUGCCUCAGAACUGUUUGAUCGUUAUGAUGAAGAUUUCGAAGAUUUGCCAGGAAGUGGUUUUCCCCAGAUUGAAAUUAAUCGAAUGCACAUUUCCCAGUCUAUUGAGGCCCCGUUGACUGCUUCAGACACAGCAAUCCUCUCUGGAAGUCUUUCCACGCAGAAUGGAAAUGGAGGGGGAUCGAUAAACUUUGCUCUGAGACGCGUGACCUCGGCCAAAGGCUGGGGAGAGUUAGAAUUUGGAGCUGGUGACCUUCAAGGACCACUUUUUGGACUUAAGCUUUUCCGCAAUAUUACACCUAAAUGUUUCUUUACUACAAACUGUGUCUUACAAUUUUCGUCUCGAGGCAUCCGCCCUGGACUCACGACUAUGGUUGCCAGACAUCUAGACAAGAACACAAUGGGUUAUAUUCAGUGGCGAUGGGGGAUCCAAUCGGCAAUGAACACCAGUAUUGUUCGAGAUACGAAAACUAGCCACUUCACAAUGGCGAUGCAGCUUGGAAUCCCCCAUUCCUUCAUGAUGGUGAGUUACCAGCACAAGUUUCAAGAUGAAGACCAAACACGGGUAAAAGGCUCUCUUAAGGCAGGUUUUUUUGGGACUGUGGUGGAAUAUGGUGCAGAAAGAAAAAUAUCUAACCACAGUGUUUUAGGAGCUACAGUCAGCAUUGGUGUGCCACAAGGGGUGUCUCUAAAAAUCAAGUUAAUUAGAGCAAGUCAGACAUAUUUCUUUCCUAUCCACCUGACAGAUCAACUUCUUCCGAGUGCUGUGUUUUAUGCCACUGUGGGCCCUAUUGUUAUCUUUGUGGCCAUGCACAAGCUUAUCAUAAAACCGUACCUCAGGGCUCAAAAAGAGAAGGAGUUAGAAAAACACAGAGAGUGUUCAGCUAGUGAUAUAUUACAGAAGAAACAAGAGGCAGAGGCCGCAGUACGCUUAAUGCAAGAAUCUGUUAGAAGAAUUAUAGAAGCUGAGGAAGCAAGAAUGGGCUUGAUAAUAUUAAACGCUUGGUACGGAAAAUUUGUGACCGAUAAUAGCAAAAGAAAUGAAAAGGCGAAAGUAAUUGACGUCACGGUACCUCUGCAGUGUUUGGUGAAAGAUUCUAAGCUCAUCCUCACAGAAGCUUCAAAAGCUGGGCUGCCAGGUUUCUAUGACCCAUGUGUUGGUGAAGAUAAAAGCCUGAAAAUUCUGUAUCAGUUCAGAGGAGCUCUACACCAAGUGAUGUCCGGCGAUAAUGAGUCACUUAGGAUACCAAAGCAAUCUCACAAGAUUGAUGCAGACGGGUAGCUUUUCUCAUGGGAAGAACGACACUACGCAAAACUUGAAUUAGCAAAGGCUGAAACCUUGGACCUUUACACCUGAAAGCAAAGAAGUCCUGGAGAAGUUUUUAUUUUUAUUAAUACCUUAAAGACAUACCCGGAUGAUACGCCAUGACAAUGAAUAUUAUAUGCAGUCCACUUUCGGUGGCGAUAUUUCAGUUUUAUAGAAAAUUCCGCAAGGAUUAGUAUUGUAUAUGUUCUCCUUGAAAAUAGCAACCGUAGGAUGUCUGUGCCAUUGGGUGAGAUUUCCUGAUGUUUUAAUUAAAAAACAAGGCCUUGAAAAAGAGACUUUAUGUGUAUACUGACAAUAUUCCAGGAACUUAAUAAACCCACAUCUGUUUUGAGGCUUGGGCUGUUACAUUAUAAAUUCCAAUUUAAGGGAAUUAAAAUGCAAAAUGAAACCUUCAUGAUUCAGAGUGUACAAUUUAUAAAAUAAGAAACUUUCAAUUUGACCUUUCUUUUGUAAUUUUUCAACUAGAUCAAACUGAUGUAGGCUUAAAGGGACAGUAAACUAAAAAAAAAUCUUUCAUGAUUUAAAUAGGGCAUGUAAUUUUAAACAACGGACAGUAAACUCAAAAAAUCUUUCAUGAUUUAAAUAGGGCAUGUAAUUUUAAACAACUUUCUAAUUUACUUUUAUUACCAAUUUUGCUUUGUUCUCUUGGUAUUCUUAGUUGAAAGCUAAAUCUAGGAGGUUCAUGUGCUAAUUUCUUAGACCUUGAAGACUGCCUCUAAACAAAAAGCAUUUUAACAGUUUUUCACCACUAGAGGGUGUUAGUUCAUGUGUUUCAUAUAGAUAACAUUGAGCUCAGGCACGUAAAGCUCCUAGGAGUCAGCACUGAUUGGCUAAAAAUGCAAGUCUGUCAAAUAAACUGAAAUAAGGGGGCAGUUUGCAGAGGCAUAGAUACAAGGUAAUCACAGAGGUAAAAGUAUAUUAUUAUAACUGUGUUGGUUAUGCAAAACUGGGGAAUGGGUAAUAAAGACAUUAUCUACCUUUUUAAACAACAAACAUUCGGGUGUUUACUGUCCCUUUAAAGGGAUAUGAAAACCAACAUUGCAUGCGAUUUAUAACAACUUUCUAAUUUACUUUGAUUGUGAAUUUUACUUUGUUCUUUUGGUAUCUUUUGUUGAAAAGCAGGGAUGUAAGCUUAGGAGCCAGCCCAUUUUUGGAGCACUAUAUAGCACCAGUUUUGCAAGAAUGUUAUCCAUUUCCAAGAUUACUAAAUGGCAGUAAUAUUUCCUGCCAUUUAGUGCUCCAGAUGCCUACUUAGGUAUCUCUUCAACAUAGAAUAUCAUAAGAACAAAGAAAAUUUGAUAAUAGAAAUCGGAAACUUUUUUAAAAUGGUCUGCUCUGUCUGAGUCACAAGAGAACAUUUUUGGGUUUCAUAUCCCUUUUAGAAAAAUGCAUGAGUUGAGCUUUAUAUAGUGUUUGCAACAAAAUACAGGACAGCACGUCCUCUUAGACAGGAGUUUAGUUUAAGGUAAAUUGUAUUUUUUAAUUUUGUCUGAAUCAUGAAAGUUUGUUUGACGUCCCUUUAAAUGAAUAUAAUAUUUAUAUUUAAAUUCAGAAUAUGCACAAAUUCGUGGGUUUGCAGAGGAUUUCAAUUAGACAUAAUUUUUUUUAUAUUUUUUUUUCACACUACUUGCUAAUAAUAGGUUUGAUAACCCUGAGAGCACUACGCGGCUAGUCAAUAUCUUAUGCUUUGAGUCACCGCAGUAUAUCAGAAGUUAGAUGUAUAUUUAUUGAAAAAGUGUAUAGAUUUUAUUAUACUUUUUAAUUGCACAUCUACUCUCUGAUUCUGUGUUUCUCAAGGCUAUAUAUAUAUAUUUGUGUGUGUGUAGGUAAAGGGUGCAGAGAGGAAAAUAUGUUGAUCGAAGCUUUGUAUUCCUGGCUUAACUUUGGUGUUUUUUUCUUUAUUUUGUUAGCUUUAUUCACUCUCUAUAGAACAGCUCAAGGUAUUUUGUUUAAAUCCAGGCAAAAUAUAACCUCACUUUUUUAUUUUUUUAUUUUUUUGUAAUAUGUUUAUACAUUAGACGUGCAAAAAUUCAUUUUCUUUAUUCGCUUGUUUUUAGUUUGCAAAACAAAUAACGAAUUUGAACUGAUUUUGUCUUAAAUUCAUGAACUAAACAAACUAAUGAAUGAAUACAUUUAUCUAUUAAAUAGAGAAACUCAAAGAACUACUGAAUGAAUUUUAUAUUCGUUUAUUAGUUUGCUUGGUUAUUGAACACAUUUCGGACAAAAUUGGUUCAAAUUUGUUUUGUAAGCGAAUAACGAAAACAAAUUUUUGCACGGGUCUAUUAUGCAUACUAUGAUUCUCUGGGCCAUGGCUAGAAUAAAAUAUGUCAAACAUUCUGUUUAUAUAAAAGAAAAAAGAAAUGCAAUUUAUGUUGUAAACUUGAAGAGUUUUUAUUUGGCUUAAAGGGACACUGAACUCAAAUUUUUUCUUUUGUGAUUCAGACAGAGCAUGCAAUUUUAAGCAACGUUCUCAUUUACUCCUAUUAUCAAAUGUUCUUCAUUAUCUUGGUAUCUUUAUUUGAAAAGCAAGAAUGUAAGUUUAGAUGACGGCCCAUUUUUGGUGAACAACCUGGGUUGUUCUUGCUUAUUGGUGGAUUAAUUUAACCGACCAAUAAACAAGUGCUGUCCAGAGUCCUAAACCAAAAAAUAGCUUAGAUGCCUUCUUUUUCAAAUAAAGAUACCAAGAGAACGAAGAAAAAUUGAUAAUAGGAGUAAAUUAGAAUGUUGCUUAAAAUUGCAUGCUCUAUCUGAAUCACAAAAGAAAAAAAUUGGGUUCAGUGUCCCUUUAAUAUCUUAAAGUUAUUAACUGGUUCUCAAUAAUCAGCACCUUCUGUAUUUCUCCCACCCAAUCCUCUGCAAGCCUCAUUAAUCUUGUUGGGAAACACAUGUUGACAUCUUAAACAAGGGUUUAACUUCCCCAAGGAAAUACACAGUUUGUUCAUUUUCUACACUCAAUGCCAUCAAAUGAAAUAAAUAUAUGAAUAAAAUGCAUUAUUUUUGAGA